AUGGACUGCGGGACUGCUGGUACCGCUGCGGGCAUUGACCCCAAAAUUCUCGAUAAUUGGCAAUCCGAUACCGCCUUUUCGCUCCCCUCGCCGUGGGAGCACGCCGUCUACGAACAACCUCUGGAGUGGGACACGAGUCAGGAUUCGAGUGAGGCGGAUGGUGAACUCGUGGACUUGAAUUCCGCGCAGCCCUCCCGGCCCAAGGAUCGGUCCCAUGUUCCUCACCUAGGUCCGCGGAACGACCUCUCCAGCGAUGGAAGUAACCAAGGUACUACUUCCCUGGACAAGUUUGGUCUCAUCGACAGCACGGUCGAAGGGACCGUCAGCGGCACUGUCAGCCCGCGCACCUUACCGUCAGCCGAUGACAACUUCCACCUGGACGAAUCAUGGCCGCACAUUCAGCUGUUCAACUCCAUGACUGCCGGUAUGCCGAUGGACGCCUCGAUGUUCUACCCCUACACGAAAGAACCCUCCACCGUGCCGAACACCGUGAUCGUCGACGAUGCCGCGAGCCUGCCGCAGGAGCAGGGCUUUUCCGAUCUGACGCCCGACCAGUUUUUCUCGUUCCAGAACCUCCCGCCGCAACAGUACCCGUACGCGGAGGCCUGGUCUGAAACCCCUUCAGCUUCUCAUAUGGUCAACCAGACUCCGUCCUCGAUGUCCAUGGGACCGCAGGCCCCCGGAAAGGAGAUCAACGCUCUCCGCGAUUUCCAGGGCGCCAUGCGGUCUCUCGAAUCGCGCUGGCUCAGUAAUCUCGAGUCCCAGCUGCCCACCAACAUGACUUCCCCGGCCUCCCUGUCGACCAUACCACCGGAAUCUGGCUUCUUUAAAGAAGAGCCCAAAGGCCCAGACGGUUUCCACUACAAGUCCGAGACGUCAUCGGUGUCUGGAGAUUUCUCCGGAAUCUACGAGUGUUCUUACUCAGCCACGAGCGAUGAUGCCCCCGCCUUUGCGGAGCGUCAGCUGGAUGAGGAUGGCCCGUGGAAGACCACCGAUUCGGACGAGACCUCACCCGCCGUGUCCCCGCCCGUCCCGAACACUACGGCCUUUAUGGUCAGCGAGAACCCCGCGGAGACUUUUAUCGUCUCUGCUCCUGCCCGUUCCCGUGCCUCAUCCACUGCCGCCCAACGGUCUUCGGCGCGCCCGCAGCCCUUAGCCCUUCAGACGGUGGCCACGGUCCGCAAGCGCAAGCAGCGCAACUCCACUGUCAACAUCGAUCAGAACCAAGCAAAACCCCUUCAGAUUGUUCAGGAGGAUGGCCAAGGCGGGUCCAUCGCGUCGGCCGACUUUGUCUCGCCGCCUCGCGGGGCGCGUCGGAAAGGCCCGUUGAGCAUGGUCGGACGGGCUAAUGCUGGUUUGCGACGGAAGAACAAGGAUACAUGUGUGCAGUGCAGAUUGAACAAGCGCAAGUGUGACGGCAACUCUCCGUGCGAUGCCUGUCGCCCAACGCUCCACGAACAACCGUGCGCGCGGGCGUGUUUCGCCAACAUCGUCGAGUACGGAACGUGCAAUUAUAUCUCUCAACGAGCGGUAAAUCAUCCGACGUUAGAUCGAUCGGGUCGGGUUCGUAUGGAAAUUCCCGCCGAAUUCGACCUUCAAAAUCUUCUUUCUUUCCUUGGCGAGCGACAGGGACGGUUCAACAUCCGUGCCAGCCAGUCUUGGGGAUCUCUCUAUGUUCUGGACCUGUCAGAGACCUACAAGUUCCUGCGAAGUCUGUGCGACUACAACGGGAACUCGCGGGCUAACUUCCUCGAGUUCAUCGACCGACGCAUUGUUGAGUCGAAGGACAAAUCGAAGAACUGGUUGACUUGUGUCAAAGACUGCGAUCCGAUGAACAAUGUCUAUACUCUCCUUUCUCAAUGGAACAACAUGCCCAGCCGCGCCAGCUACAGCUUCGUCCCGCUCGAAGCCAACGGCAAGGAACGCCCGAUGGAUAUCAACAACCCCGAGGACCGACGCGAGAUUCUCCUGGCGGCGCAGCUGUCGCGCAUUGUAUGCCGCAUGCUGGAGGUGGAAGGGUUCCGUAAACUGGAGCGCGACUUCUACAACAUCAAGUGGAAGCAGAUCUCGCAGGAGACGCACCUUCGGUUCCUGGGCGAACUGGGCCACAUCCUGCUCACACUGCGGUGGCGGGUAUCCUGGUGGAAACGGCUCGGCGACGGGGGCCAGGAGCCGGACCCCAGCAAGCAGCACUACGUGGACCGAGUGGACCUGCUCUGCCGGAUCCUGUAUGUGUACUACACAUGCGUUCUGGCGAAGCUGCCGUCGUGGUCGAUGGCGGACGUGCCAAAGGGCGUGUGGUCGACGUACGCGGACUCGGCGAACGCCGUGUGGGACGACUUCCCCGUGGACCCGACGGACGAAGGGUUCCAGCGGUGGAUGGAGCGGGGCCGCGAGUUGAUCGAGCAGGCGGGCGUGCCGAGUCGGCUUCCGAAGGUCUGA